AUGGGCGGUACAGAAGCUUACAAUGCUCUAAAGUCGGCUCUACAUUCAACACCGAGUGGUGAAGGUUGGUUCAAACAAAUAAUAUUUCUUACGGACGGUGAUGUGGGUAAUGCAGAUGAGGUUAUCGGUUUGGUACGAAUGAACGUUGACAAAGCCAGAGUAUUUACUAUAGGGCUUGGACAAGGAGUAAGCACUGCACUAAUCGGUGGUGUUGCUCGAGCUGGCAAUGGUACAGCAGAAUUUGUCGUGAUCCCUCUCAACUUCAGUCAGCUGUGA